AUGCCUGCUGGCCUGCCAGAGAUUGAGUCUGCUGGCCUUCGCUUGGAGCAUUUAUCCGAGCAUGAAGGGCGAUGCCUGGCAGCACAGAGAUGCUUCAAAGCGGGAUCCGUUCUGCUGGUGGAGAAGCCCAUUGUCCGGCGAAGUGUGGCUGAACUGUCUGCUGCCAUGAGACAGCACCCUCACGACUUUGCGCUGCUUCGAGGUGCUGACAAUCUGGCAGCAGCAGAGGUCAAUCUCGAACUUGCGGACCAGUCGUUCAUUCUGGAAGCUGAGACGAACAGUUUUUUGUUCCAAGGCAAAGUCGUUGGCUUCAAUGCUUUCUCGAUGCUGAACCACGCCUGCGCGGCCAGCAUGGAGGAGAAUGUUUGCUUUUCCAUCCUGAGCACUGGAGACCGCCCGAUCAAUGACGACCUCGAGGUGAAGCUCAUUGCCAUACGGGAUAUCCAGGCAGGGGAGCCUCUGCGAGUCUCCUAUCACGAACUUUUUGCGGAACCGCGGGCCAGAGAAGAACGCAUUCGUUCGCAUUGCGGCGGCCGAUGUGGCUGCUCUCGCUGCCGUUUGGAAGCAGAAAAGCCGAUGCUGGCCGACAUAGGCUUGCAGCUUUCGCUGGAAAGAUGGAGCCCCAGGUGUCAGGCUUGCAACAGUGCAGCACCAAAUAUACGGCCGGGUGAUGCAGUGCAAAUACUUCGCCACCGCGAGCUGGCUGGAGCCAUGGGAAUCACGCAGGAAGUCCGAGGGGGCAAGACUUUGAUUCUCAAGACUUUGCUGCAUGGUCGCGAGCACGAAGGUGAGUUAUUGCUAGACAACGUGCGCAGUCUCAGUGCCGUGAAAGAUCUGCACAGGUGCAGUGGAUGUAAACUUGUCUACUUCUGCUCACGCUCAUGCCAGCGGCAAGGAUGGCAUGCACAUCGAAGAUUCUGUACAGGAUCCGCGCAGCCUAAAGCAGGACAGUUUUCAGAAGAGAGCUGGAUGCCCGAAAGGGCAGCUCUUCACGAACUUCGCGCGAAGUUUGAUAAUCCAGAAGCUCGACAACUGGCAUCUACUCAAGACUUGCUAUCUGCAUUCAGAAGGUUCCAACACUUCAUUGACAAAUGGAUGCAGGCUGGAAGACUUCCACACUUGGCUCCGGGCCACUAUGCGAUCCAGGAAGCAUUGCUUGUUGCCAUCCCCAUCGGAUCGCUUCUUCUCUGGAAGUCUGCGGCAAUGCCGCCGGAGGUCAAAUCCGAAAUUUUCGAGCGAUUGGUGAAGAUGGUGUCUAUGCAUGUACAGCAUGUGCAGAUGCUGGUUCCUAGAUUUCACAUUGCUUAUUGGACAGCACUACACUAUGUCUUAGGACUCCUGCUGUUGGGGGACUUCAUCGAUGCGCUUCAAAACUGCUCAGCAGUGUCGCUGGUGCCCCUGACCACCUUGUUCGAAAGCUGCUUGGAUGUAGCUGAGAUUUUCGAUGCGGAUGCUGCGGAAAGUUACGAGUCCAUGAUGAGUCAUCGACAAGCUCAAUCAGCUUCAGGGUCUCGAGCAUUUCAGAACCUCACAGCUGAUCCUAGUAAGUUGGCAGCGUUCUACAGCAUUGAUCCUGAACUGCCUCUAAAGCAAAAAAUGGCACAAAUGGCCGAGAUCCUGCAAUCAAGCAAGCCUGCGGAAUCACAUUCAUCGCACUCGUCAUUGCCGAUGCCAGCCUGGAAAAAACAGCUUGGGCCUCAAGCAGGAGCAUCACACGACGCCUCUGCUAGUACUUGUCGUCUCGAUACGCUGGAUUGA